GGCCAAAAAUAUGGGAAAUUUCCCUGUGGUGGAUAUUUAAAAAGUGUGGAGAUGCCGCGAAAUAAGGAAACGCCGUCUUCAGGUACUAUCGAAUGCACAAAUGGCUUUAGCGUCGUAAAGACAGUUAUGGUAAAUGGGAAUCCCCUCAAUAUGCUCUCCGCCGCCAAUGGAUUUUGGUAAUCAGUAGGAAGAUCCGCUAAAGCGAAAAUUCCUUACUAAUGCAACCCACUUUAACGAUUGUCGUUUCUUCUUCUUCAAUUCUCCUCUUAGGUUUUCUUUUAGGGGGUUUGCGGUGGGGGGCGUUUAUUUAGUGAGACAGAGAUCGGUUUGAGUAGAGAGAGCUUUGGGGUUUAAUCCAGAUUAAACUGUCUGUGAAACCCGUCUUUCGCGCACAGAUUUUUAUUCCUGAAAUUUGCAGGAUGGCCGCGGUAGCCCUAGAGCCAAACCAAUUUGUUUUUGCCGGGUCUGAUGCGGAGUUAGAGCAACAAUUGGGAGAAGCAAUUGAGGCCUCUAUUGAUGACUUUGCGUUUCGGAUUCAGCUUGAAGAAGUACUGCACUUAUCGCAUUAUACAUUUGCUUAUGAUCUUCAGCUCGCCGAUAUCACUUUUCAGGGGGAGUCGUCUUCCUCGGCGUCCUUUCCCUUAUCAUCUCCAGUUCAAGAAGCUUCCUCCUCCUCCUCAGAUUCCUCCUCGUUUGAAGAAGAUGGGUUCUUCGUACCUUUUAAGCGUUUAUCCCUCAAUCAUAACCCUGAGGAACAGGUUUAUUCAAGCAGGAGGAUUUCUAAGGGAAAGCAGGUGGAUUCUGAAUUGCAAUCCCGGGAACGCUCCUACCAAAUCACAAAGUCAUUGCAAGUAGAAUUGUGUGGCAUCUGUUUUGAUGAUGCAGAACAAGAAAUGCAUGAGGGCCUGCAUUGUUUACAUCGCUAUUGUCAUUCCUGUAUAACGCGGUAUGUGAAUUCAAGGGUGGCACAAAAGAGGCACCAAAUAUACUGCCCCCAUGAUUCUUGUGGGGAGGCCUUGACACAACAAGAGUGUGCCUAUUUUCUUCCAGCUGAGAUAUAUGAUGCAUGGUCGGCCCUCGAACUGGAGGCACAAAUUAGCGAGUCUGAGAAGGUUUACUGCCCUUUUUCUGACUGCUCGGCUCUCCUGUUGAAAGAGGAAAAUGAGGAUUUGCUCAACGCGGAGUGUCCCUUUUGUAACAGAAUGUUUUGCCUGAAGUGCAUGGUGCCCUGGCAUGCUGAGCUUGAGUGCUCAGAAUUUCAGAAACUGCCACCAGCUGAACGAACACAGGAAGAUUUGCAGCUCUUAAAGCUCGCUGAAGACCGCAAAUGGCAACGUUGUGGAAAAUGCAAAGGAAUGAUUGAGUUAGCAUAUGGCUGCAUUCACAUUACGUGCAGGUGUGGCUAUCAAUUUUGCUACGAGUGUGGUGUGGGCUGGGCGAAUGGACGCUCCAACUGCAAAUGCCCACUAUUCAAUGAAAACCACCUACUGCAACGAACAAAUUGAUGUUUGUUACAGCAACUAAUACUCACAGCUGCUAAUUUCUCUUGUAUAUAGAUUUGUUAGCAGUCCCUUCAAGAUGCAACUGUAUAGUCCCUAAUUUUUUGUAUUGUAUAUAAAUUAUGUUGGCACACCUUUUGAAACGUUAUGGGACUAGUAUAAAUUUUAGACUAUUCAUAUCAGAUUUAAAAUCAGACUUUGUGGAAGGCAUGGUUAGACUGUUUUCAAAGGAACAAAGUGAAGUGUUUUGCCCAAAAUAUAUAAUCUGGAUUUGUGCCUUAA